AUGGAAUCUGAGUCUGAGCCUCGUUCUCGAAACACGUCUUCUGCAGCUCCUCCACCUCCACCUUCUAGAAAGGUGCACACAACUGGUGACGCUAAAGUCAACAGAAGAGACCUUCACUCAGGAACAUUCCACAACCUUCCUCCAGCUCGGGAGCUGAUGAUUCAACCACGUAUCCCCCAUGAUGAGGCCGGCACCAGAACUUCAUUGGUGAGUCAACAUACAGGCAAUUCAUUUUUCAGGCAUGACAACCAGUUCAAGCAUUUCGGGUCGAGCCAGCAGUUGGUCAGUGAGGGUCUUCACACUUCAGUCGCUGAAAUCAUCAAUGCCACAUUCAAGACAGGUGAAGUGGCAAAGUCACAAGUUUUAGGCGAGGUAGCUUUUAACUACAACUCUGUGGCUCUGCCACAGCAACUUCAGGAAAUUUCCAUCCCAGUUUCGUUCAACAAGUUUUUGUUGAAUGAACAAUUCAUGCGUCAAGUUGACGAAAGGAAGUAUACUUUGGAUCUCUCGCGGAUUGCGUCGCGUACUUUGGGCGGUCUCAAAUACAUCUUGAACAUCGAUGGAAGCAAAGUUCCUGUAUUGGUUAGACAAAUUUGGAAAUUCGAACCACAUCAGGCAAGUCUCAUAAUCAAGCUCUCUCACAACCCAUCGUUCGGUCAGCAAGUUCAGCUCGAUGGCUUGGUGAUCUCUGCAUCUUUAGAUCAAAACUCAGAGUCAACUUCGGCCUCGUCGAAGCCUGAAGGAACCUACAAUAAAGACAAAAAUAGGAUUACUUGGAGGUACACGAAACCACUCAUCUUGGGUAACGGUGUGAAUGAGGAGAAGUUGAUUGCAAGAUUCAUGACUAACGGACAAGCCGCCGAGGCACCUACUGGGGUUCAACUCAAGUUUAACGUAAUCAAUUCACCCACGGCAUAUGUACCGAUCGAGGACAGUUUUGGCACCAGUAUACCCAGCUACAGAAGCUUAACUACUGGAAGUUACAUUUCUCAUGCCUAA